UGGUGUACGGUGUGUGUGUGUGUGUACAGCUCCUAAGGUGACUCUACGCACGUGUCCGAGUUGUGAGUUUAUUUGAAACUGCUCAAAAAUGACAAAAGUUCGUAAACAAAAACGUAGGAAGAGAUUCAGGGCUAACGUAAACCGCAAAAGGCUAAGAAACAAGCUUCGAAAACUUCCCAAAAUAGAAUGCAAGGAAAUCGAAGGCUCUUGGGAGGUCAAAAAGUCAAUUCGAGGCAAUUUAGACAGCAUGGGGCUGGCGUACGACCCCAAUGAGGUGCUGAAAAUCCCGUCGACAAAACAUAGCUUAACCAAAUCUCAAAAACGUGGUAGGUGGCUAGAAGAAGAGAAUAUGGAGACAGAUACUAUUCAAAAUGAAAAACCCGACCAUAAGCCCAAGAUUCACGUAGCUAAUGCUUUGGAUGCGGAUGCAAAGGCACCUAGAGAAAGACUCUUCAGACUUCCCAAGGGCCAAGUACAAUUCGUGACAUAUCUAAUGGAAAAAUAUGGAGAUGAUUUCAAGGCAAUGGCAAGAGAUAGAAAAAAUCACUACCAAAUGACAUGGUGUCAAAUCCGUUCAAAAAUAAAUACUUUCAAAAGCAUUCCAGAGCAGUAUGCGGAGUACCUUUUGAAAACUGGGGAAAUUGUGCUGGACGAUCCUACACCCUUGGAGGAAACACGAAAGAAAAUUGGAAUUGAAAAUGCAAAUAAAUUCAGUGUUGCCAAGAAACGGAAGAUACCCAAAGAAAAGAAGUCUCCUCUGUGGGACGUAGAGUCUAUCAACAAUGAGCAAUUCGGUGCUGAUGGUAAAACACUGCAUGACGAGACCGAUAACGCUGGAGUCAAGAUUCGAAAUAGCAGUGAUACUGGUCUGAAAAAGCUUCAAUUGUUCCCCGAUGAUGAAAGUGACGAAGAAAACGUCCCUGACAAUAAAAUUAAAUCGAACAAAACGAACAAGAAAGAUACAGAACAUUUACAGCCUUCAAAGAAGAAGAAAGUACAACAGAAUGAAAACGUCCAGAGGUUGAUGGAAACUGUUGAAAAGCAAAAGCGAAGUUUAAACGCAGUUCAAAGAACGCAAUCCAGUGAUAGUGAUAGUGAAGAUGAGGAAGUUCUAGACGGGGAUGAUGAAACAUCAGGAUUCGUUAAUCUUAGUGAUAUGAGCGAAGACGAGGCGCUUUCAGAAGACGACAUUCUGGAUGACGGAGAAUUUGUUACGGACAGCAAUGAUGAAGGGGAUUGAAAUCUAAAAUACGUCACAACUGCACGUUUUUAUGAGGUUGAGCAAAUUGAUUCCUAAACCAUUCUUACGAUUGUAAAUAUUCGCUCAAAAUACAUUGAACUCUUGUA